UUUCUUGCAUAACAUGCCAGGAAUGAUUUACUAAGGAGGAGCCAUCGAUUUAAUCAAACUCUUAUUAGUUAACAGAAUUCUAUAAAGCAGUUUCCUUGAGAGCUCUGAACGUGAGCCUUGAAAAGCUGAAAUACUCCAAGCUGCAAAAGAGAUCGCUCUCUCCCUCUCGCUCUCUCCCACACUUUUCGACUCUAAAAACAAAAGGCAAUGGAACCAGCCGAGAAAUACCUUUUCACAUACAAAGGAUUCUAUUUCCAGCCAGACAUGGCUUCAGCGGAGUACUUGGAUACCUUGGAGGAUUUUGAAAUAAGAGACAGUGAUGUAUUUUUAGUCACUUAUCCAAAGUCAGGAACAAUAUGGACUCAAAAUAUUUUGAGCUUGAUUUAUCAUGAAGGUCACCGAGAUGGAACUGAAAAAGUGGAUUUACUAGACAGAGUUCCAUGGCUGGAGUACAAUAUCCGCAAUGCGGAUUACAUCAGUCGUCCAUCACCUCGCCUCUUUGCUUCCCAUCUACCCUACUAUUUAGCACCCAAGGGAUUAAGGAACAGAAGAGCAAAAGUUGUUUAUGUGGUCAGAAACCCAAAGGAUGUCUUGGCUUCCUAUUACCAUUUUUCCAAAACUUCACGCAAAUUAGAAGAAGUAGAAGAUUUUGGAAUUUUCAUGGAGAGGUUUUUGGCUGGAAAGGGUUACUCUGAGGAAAUUCCGCAUCCAUGCAUCACAAAGAGUCUCCAACUCAGACUCCAACUACACCAUUUUAUGCCACUGAUGAAUGGUGCCCAUUGACGCAGAAUGAAGGGUGUAGAUCUGGCCAACUCCCAAAGGAAAUCAGGUCGAUUUAUAUUCUCUUUGCAUCAGGAUGCAGCAGCUACAAAUCAUUACAAGGUGGAGCCCCUAAUCCUUAAUCAAGUGUAGAGAUUCGUGCCAAGUUAUAACUCAGAAACCCAGACCAGGUCUCCUAAAUGUUGCAAGUAUUAACUGCCACACCAUAUAAGGAAACUGGCAGUGUGGGAAGGAAGGGAGCUGGAGGAAGGCUGGACUGAUCUCAGCCCAUCCAUCACUCUCCCAUCACAUUGGGUUGCGAAGCACUGCAGGUAGCCUUAAAAUGCAGAACUCUUCUGCAAAUUCCUUCUCUGAGAAAGUGUUUGGUGAGGGUGGAUGGUAUUAAUUCAGCUUCUCUUUAAUGGUUUGUAGCAAUGCUGGUUCUUAAAUUAAUUCCUCUAAAUUGUUUAAAUGGAAUUUAUAUGUUUGUACUGCUGGUUUUCCCUGAAUGUUUUUCAAAAAAAUCACCUGAUCUACAUUUUAUGCCAAAUCAACUUCUUUCCCAUCAGUACUUGCAAGUUUAUGGUUGGACCAUGUGGAAGGCUGGUACUCUCACAAGGAUGACUUCAAUAUUCUAUUUCUUACCUAUGAAGAAAUGAAGAA